CAGUUCUGUUUCGAGGUAAUAUUCAACAUGUACCUGGUGAGAUGGCUGAUCUGCUUGAUACAGCUAUGGAUACAGUUAGGGGCGGCAGCAUCGGUCACCCCAAUAGCUCCCCUGCUAGUUAAGAUCCCCAAUGGCAAGCUACUCGGACGCGAUAACGGCCACUAUUACAGUUUCGAGUCAAUUCCCUAUGCUGAGCCCCCGACAGGAGAGCUCAGGUUUGAAGCUCCGCGACCGUACAAGCAACAGUGGACGGACACGUUCAAUGCCACCCAAGAACCAGCCCUGUGCAUGCAGUGGAAUCAGUUCAUUAAUGGAGACAAUAAGCUAAUUGGCGUUGAGGACUGUCUAACCGUAAGCGUUUAUAAGCCGAAGAAUAGCAGUCGGAAUACCUUUCCGGUCGUGGCCAAUAUACAUGGCGGCGCCUUCAUGUUCGGCGGACCCAGACAAUACGGACACGAAAACAUAAUGCGCGAAGGAAAUGUCAUGCUCGUAACAAUAGGCUACCGCCUUGGUCCGUUGGGAUUUGCCAGCUCUGGUGACGCCGAUUUGUCUGGAAACUUUGGAUUGAAGGAUCAGCGCCUGGCUCUGCUCUGGAUCAAGCAGAACAUAGCCAGCUUCGGCGGUGAGCCAGAGAACAUUCUAGUGAUAGGUCACUCCGCAGGCGGUGCUUCCGUUCAUCUGCAGAUGCUGCGUGAGGACUUCAGCCAGGUGGCCAAGGCAGCAAUCUCAUUCAGUGGCAAUGCUCUGGACCCCUGGGUGGUUCAGCAAGGGGGCCGUGGACGGGCCUUUGAGCUGGGCCGCAUUGUGGGCUGUGGACAGGCAAGGGACUCUGUGACUCUCAAGAAGUGUCUUAAAUCUAAACCCGCGAGUGAAAUUGUCUCGGCUGUUCGUAGCUUCCUCGUGUUUUCAUAUGUUCCGUUCACGCCUUUCGGUCCCGUUGUGGAGUCGCCAGAUGCCCCAGAGGCCUUCAUUACCCAACAUCCUAUCGAUAUUAUUAAGAGCGGGAAGUUUGCACAGGUCCCUUGGGCUGUGACCUAUACCUCAGAGGAUGGGGGCUACAACGCCGCCCUGCUGCUGGAUAAACAGGCGUCCACUGGUCGGGAAUUGAUUGUGGAUCUCAAUGAUCGAUGGUUUGACUGGGCUCCGUAUUUGUUUUUCUAUCGUGACUCAAUGACAACCAUCAAGGAUAUAGACGAUUACUCCCGUAAGCUGAGGCAGGAGUAUCUGGGAGAUCGGCGAUUCAGUGUGGAAAGCUAUUGGGACGUGCAACGGAUGUUCACAGACCUCCUGUUUAAAAACAGCGUACAGACUGCCGUGGAUCUACAUCGAAAGUACGGAAAGAGUCCAGUGUAUGCCUAUGUCUACGACAAUCCUGCUGAUUUGGGUGUUGGUCAGAUUCUAUCUAGGCGCUCUGAUGUACACUUUGGUACGGUUCACGGCGACGACGUCUUCCUCAUAUUCAACGUUCCAUUCGUGCAAGUAAAUCGUCGCCCCGAUGAACAAAUUAUUUCACGCAAUUUCAUAAAGAUGCUGGAGUACUUUGCUCUUAGCCCCAACGACUCGAUGUCAUAUGGCGACUGCGUUUUCCACAAUAAUGUUGGCAGUAAACAAAUGCAACUGCUUUCAAUAACGCGAGACGGUUGCGAGAACAAGCAACUUGAUUAUUCUAUAAAGAGUUCUUUAAUCUGAUGUUAAGAUUGCGGAACAGCACUCGAAAUAAACAUAAAUUGGUUUAGCUGGUGAUUUUCAUA